CCUGACGACGCCCUCUCCCGCCCCACCUGAGGCGUAUGUAGCUUCCUCUUGCAGUUGCCGAAGUUUCAAGACAUCGCAUUCUGUGUUCUGUUCCCACCGUUCUGUCGAAGCAGCACAGGCGGCUCUGAAGCUCAUCUACUUGGUACUCAUCUGCAGCCUUACUUACGCUCAGCGCGAUGGUGGAGGAGCUUCCCGAUGGCGUCAAGGAUCCGUACGCCCACAUGGGUGUGGAGCCGACGGCCACGGACAAGACCAUCCAGUCGGCUUACAAGAAGAAGGCCCUGGCCUGCCACCCAGAUAAGAACCCAGAUGACCCUGACGCCGCUGACAAGUUCCAGCGGCUGCAGAAGACUCUCGAGUUCCUCCUGGACCCCGUCAAGCGGGCUAAGUACGACCGCCACUUGAAGGCGCAGAUUGAGCAGCGGAAGCGCUACGAGAAGCAGGGCAAGGAGAAGCGGAAACUCAGGGAGGAUUUGGAGGCCAGGGAGUCGGCCGCGUCGGGGAGUCGGCAUGACCACCACAGGGACCACUCGGUGGGCUCGCCCGAACACGAAGUGAAGCGGCUGAGGAAGGAGAACAUCGCCAGAAUGACGCAGCACAGAGCUGACGCGUCGGCCACGCCAUCCCGCCGACCGGAGCAGUCCAGGAGCAGCACUGGCGGUUUCGUGUCGGCAGACCUGAGCGCGUGUCGGCUGCGCAUCAGCUGGAGCGAAGACAGCUCCCUGUCGGGCCAGUCUGAGGCCAAGAUCCGCGACGUGCUGAUGAACGCCCUCGCGGCCUACAGCGUGGCGUCGCUGGUCGUCCUCCCCGCCUCCCGCACGGCCACCGCCACCCUCUCGUCGCGCGAGAGCGCCGUCAGCUGCGCCCUCUACCUCUCCCAGCACAAGAAGAAUUACCCCUUCCGAGUCAAGCUCGACAAGGCCAGGGAAGAGAAGGAGAGAGAGAGGGAGAAGGAGGGGGCGCCGUCUUCUGCAGUCGACGCCGCCGCCAGCUCCCAGAGCGCACGCAGUGUGCCGAAGAGACCGACACACCACUCGGGAGGGACACCAACACCAACACCAGCACCAGCACCAGCUGCUGCUGCUGGUGGUAGUGGCGGGUUGGGAGGGGUGGGUGUGGGUGUGGGUGUGGGUAUGGGUGGGUCGAUGGAGGACCUUGAGGCCGAGAUGUUUCGUGCGAUGAAGGAGGCGUCGGCAAAGAGGAAGGAGCAAGGGGAAAGAAGGCAGAAUAAUGUGGUGGUGCUGGACGGGACGUGAGCAGGGAGGGAGGGAGGGAAUGGAUGGACGAAUGGAUGGCGGUUUUGUUCUGUGCAAACAUUGUGUGGUGACAGCUCUCUGGUACUUACGUUGAUUGUGACUCUCCUCAUGUUUUUGAGUCAAACCGUGAGUACUUAUCCUUUCUCACUCGUCAGUAUCGAGUCACAGCACAUAAGCAAGCACAAGUGUGUGCAUGGUGCGGAAAUCGGCCUGUGGUCUCUUUGAAAUCCCCCCUCCCUCCCUCCGUUCUC